AUGUUCAACGGUGGCACACGCAAACGGGCCGUGUCCAGGCCAUCGCCGCCGUCACUCAUGCAGCAACAGCACCAACAGCAACAGCCGUCAUCCCAACCGUUGCUGCCACCGCCGUCGCACUCGCGACAGCAGUCGUCGGCUUCGUCGUCGCCGCCUUCGUCGUCUUCGUCGGCCGCAGCCGCCGCGGUAAUCGUGCAAAUGCCUCAGCCCGUGCUCCAGUCGGCGGGUCACCUGCACCACCAUCAGCACCACCAACACCACCAACACCGGUCGCCGGAACUGCAGCAAAAGAAAUCGGUGCCGGUUCCGCCGGUACAGGUGCCGUCCAUGCCGCUACACCAGGCCAUGGUCGAUUACGUGUGGCAACAGCGGGCCAACCCGUUCGCCGUGGCCGCGGCCGCUGCAGCUGCGUAUUCUGCGGGCGGCGGCUUGCCCUGUUGGCUGCCCAAACUCGAGCUGGACCCGCAACAUCACAACGCCCUGGUCAACCGGAGCGCCGUCGCGGCCGAUUAUUCUUCCGCGUUCAGACCCGUGUACCCGGUUACCGUGGCCGCGGCUGCUGCUGCCGCCGCCGCAGUCGCCGCCGCUUCGGUCAAGUCGGGUGACGGCGAUGAUGACGACGGCAACGGUGACGAAGCCGGCGGUGGUUGUUGCGUGGACGACAUGGACGACGAUGACGACGACGACGACGACGACGAAGAUGAAAUAGACAUCGAAACGUGUGCCGACGAAAGGAACACGUAG